AUGGCUCGACCACACGAUCACUUGCCCCGGCUGAAUAUACCUGCGCCCUUGAACCUCCAACAGCCUUUUGCGUUUGAUAGGAUGCAGCCAAACGCCAUGUAUUCACCGGCUCUCCCCACGUCCAUUCAGGCCGGGUUUCACCCACCGUUUCCCAUGAAUAAUAGUAUGCAAACACCUAUGCAAGCAUUCUUCAAUCCACAACCUCCGAACGCACCUGGACGUCCUACACAUAGACAAGGACAAGCAAGUGUCGCCCAGCUUGCUGCAGCUGGUAUUCACCCACCAGGUGGAUUCGCGAUGACACCUCUUGGAGGCCAUUUCCCUCGUCAUUCAAUGGCCAUGGGUCCCGGUCAGCUCUUUCCCGGUCACCCAGGACAGCCUUUCCAAGGCAAACAUCGCAAGCAGAUGAGCGUCGGUGGACCUCCCAAGGCAACGCUGGGAGGGCCUGGGCGGAAUCAUAGUCCGUUGCCUGUGCCCGUAGCUGCUGCCGCCGCGGCCACUCCCCAGCCAAAGGCGAAGAAGGUAGUCUUGAAUCUUCCCAAAGAGACUGUUACGGGAGAGAACGGCGAAGUACAAGAACGCCCAACAUGGGCACGUUAUCCUAUACCCAUGUCUGAAGUAGACAUACCUGACGACGUCCUCCCUGUUGAGAUGGUCAGCGCAGAAAUAUAUCCCCCAGAUUUUCAAAGGGAUCAUCUUCCAGAUACAAUAGAAGUCUUCCUUCCUGGCAAGCGUGCUUGGGAUGAACUCAAACAGAAGGCGAUAGAGGAGAAAUUAGAGAGAUUGGGUGUUGAAAGGGGUUCUGGUAGCAACGUUCCUCAUAUAUUCGCGCCCCACGCACGAGCUGCCUCGAUAUCAUCUCCCGCAGAUCCUGCUCUACUAAUGUUCAAGCUAAAUAAGCUUCACCAGCAGCAAUCGACCUCCGCUACUAAUUCCCUCUCGUCUUCUCCGCAGCCACCCCCGUUCGGCCUUUCGCCCUCUCCCCAUCAAGCUGCCCCUCGGUUUGUCUCUAAUAGACAUGGUCACAGCCUUUCGCUUGCCCAGCCACCUUCGCAACAAUGGCCGAUGUUCGCCGACAACUCAAAUCCCUUUGGACCAACUGCGUUGCUUGGAUCUGAUCACACACCUUACUCUCAGCCUUCGCCGGGGAUACCGGGUUUAGAUAUUUCAGGCGACUCAUUCGACCUCCAUGCACCGCAAGGCCGUGUACCGAUCACACCAGCGUCGUUGGUGCCCCCGUUAUCAGCCGUUCAGCCGCCUAGUAGGCCAGAUUUCAUCCGUGGCUUCGGUUUGGAUAUUCCCGAAGAGGAGGAAGAACCAGAGGAGGAACCUGAUCGUGUAGUUGAAGAAGUCCACGAGGCUGAGCAUAACCUUGAGGCGGAUCAGGAUGAUCAUUAUAAGGACGAUGAUACAGAGUCACUCGAGGACAUGAGCUUCGUGACCAACGACGCUGACAUCAGCCAUAACGGCGACGACAAUAUGCCAACUGAGGACAAUACGGAUGAAAUGGGGAUAUUCAGACAAAGGGAUGGAGUAUCAACAGUGGCACAAAGCCGGCUUCACUCCAGACACGUGUCUAGGUUAUCUGGUGCACUCACUCUGGUCUCUGUUGGUGGGUUGGCUGAAGACGAGGAGCUGGAGCGCGCACAGAUUGAGAGCGCCAGGCGACCACUUGAUCAAGAUUUAGACAUGGACGAAGAUGCUGCCAUUGAAGAAUGGACGGGAUCGGAGGAUCUGCAGAUGGACAACGAGAGUUCGGAUGAUGAUGAGAGUAUCGGUGAAUGGUCCAAUCCUUCUGAUGAAGAGCGCGCGCGUCAGCGACGGCUUGAGCGUCGUACACGCAAGCGCUCCCUACACCACGAGAUUCAAACACCGAGACGCUUGCCGAACUUCCCCCGGCCACCCGAGAAUACCAUUGCCCUCGCAUUCCGCAGAGAUUCGGACGACAUCAUCUCUAAUCCCAGCGAAGAGGAGCGUAUCCGUGAGCAGGCAACUGAAUUCCUUCGCGUCGAUGGGACGGAAUAUUACCAAUAUCAGCCUCAACCUUCCGGUUCUGGAUCUCGUUCACCGCGUCCUCUUCCUCCCCUUCCUCAUUCUCGUGCUACAUCAGUGGCUCAGCUCUCCACUCAUGACCCAGCGUAUGCUCAUUCUCGUGGAGGGUCGGAACAAUCAACAUACCCCCCUGCACAAUCCCAUCAAUCCCAACCCUCGUACUCCUCUCGCCGCGAUUCGCUCAAUCCUUUUGCGAAGCCCUUCGUCUUCGGCGCACCCCGAGGGUCUGGUUCCUGGACACCGCAGUCUGUCGACAGUUCAUCUGUGCCACCCCAGCAGUCUACGUCUACUGUAUUUGGUCAUACGCGGAUUCCCUCGUUUGGAAAGCCACUGAACGUGGCUGCUCCCGAGUUCAAGCCUGGUUCGUUCAGCUUUCGACUGCCUCCUGGCCUGGUCAAGAUACCACUCCCAGCUCCUGAACAACCGAGACCUUUACCUGAAAUCCCUGCCAACACCAUCUCUGGGGCCAGUAGGCAAGGUAGAGAGAAGCGACAACGCGUCGACGAAGCGGCAUCACCCAUUGAGGAAGGAGAUAGCAUGCAAUCGUUCAAGUUCCCCCCUUCGGAGGGUACUAGCAGUAUGCGCCGCGCGUCUACCCCGAAAGACGAGAAGCAAUCAACGAUGCUCAACCCGAGUGCUGAACCCUUUACAUUUGGUGGUAUACCAUUCAUUCCCCAACAAGCGCAGCCUCAGGAAGAACCAUUGGCGACCAUUGAGAGCGAGAGCAAUGUCGACGAAUCUCUCCAUGACGAUAGCACGGCAAGGGCAGCCAACGGUGCGCCGGAAGUUGAGGAUUAUGUGCUCCCCUCUGCAUCGAAGCCGAAACGCGCGCCCAUACCGUUGGACUUCAAGCAUCCUGUUUCCAGCAACACGGUCCCUGCUGGUCUCUUCAAGGCUCUCAACACCGAAGAGCGCACCCGACGCACAGUUCGAUCACGCCUUGGCUCCCGGGAAAUUGAUUUGGCGCGCAGACCUUCCCUCGAUGACAUGCAGAUGCCUACUAUUUCACGGAAAAUCUCCCGAAGUCUUCUUGUCAAUGGCCCUGGCGGUGUGGAUGAUCGAUCGUCAGUGGAUGCAGAAGACCUUGAAGAUGAUGUCUUCGGUUCAAACAUCGCUCAGCAUAAACGUCGUCGGUCAUCUUUGCCGCUCCCUUUGAACAGCGCAGGGUCAAUGACAUCUGGCGGAAUAUCAAUACCUGCUAUGGAUGGAUCUGGACGUCUCGAAAUCCACGAAUUGGAACACCGGCUUGAGAUGUUGCUCGACGACAAGUUUGCCAGCCUGACCAAUGAACUGGCAAACAAAUUGACGGAUGAUCGCGGCCGCCCACUCGAUUCAUCGGCUGGCGAGCAAAUUUCGGAGGCAAUUGCUUUACUCCGAGCUCAACUGAAGGAAACUGCUAUUCGUGGAAUGGAUGACAGCCGCUUGGACGCCAGGGGAGAAUUAGACUUCGAUUUGAUCAGAAAUACCAUUCAACAGGCCCAGAACGAGUCGCUCUCGUUGAUUCAGAGGGAGCUUCGCUCUAUUGCGAGCAACACGUCUUCUGGAAUGGCAUCGCAAGAGAUAUUCCCUCUUAUCGAGUCGUUCAGCAUGCGUACAGUAAACGCUGUCGUCGAAGCUAUCUCAGAGCUUUCUGCAAGGCUUGAGACAGUCGAACGUGGAGCACCCGCGAGGGAGCAUGAUUCCCUUGUCGACAAGAUCAUGACGGGACUCAUUCCAUUGCUAUCGUCCCUGCGCACAGACCCAGUGGACUACGAGCUCCUCACUCACCAACUCAGUCAAGCUGUGAAGCCGCACAUCUCGCAACUCAUCGAUCUUGCUUCCGACAAACGUGAAACUGCAGGACUGAUUGUGGACCGGAUUGUCCCCCUUCUCCCUGGUAGCCAAGCCAUCGACACCGACGCUAUCACACUCCAAUUAACAACCGAGAUCCGCCGUGCCAUUGCCCCUAUCGACGCUUUCGAAAUUAAAGAACAAGUAGCGGAUCUGGUGGUUGAACGACUGGACUCUCGCCUCGCCGUUCGGGACAAGGCUCUGAGCAUCGACGCAUUUGGUGCAAAGGUGACGGAAAGCGUCUCAGGUUUACUCGAACCAUUGAACGACUUAGCCACGAAAUUGGCUAAGCUCGACGAUGAACAAAACUCAAUGACCAAUGGGCAGACCGAGCUGACCGCCUGGAGCAAGACGAUUACCGAACGAUUGACUUCUCUGGCUAAUCAACUGAGGGCGACGGUUGAGGUAUUCAAUGGAGUAGAAAAGGCUCGCGCCGAGCUCAUUGACACGGACAAUAACCACGUUAAUGAAGCCAUGAAGAUCAUCAAGUCAUCCCUCGAUGCCGUCCAAACUGACAUGGGUAUGAGCGAGGCGAGAGAUCGCUUGUCGCUGGCAUCACUUAAUGAGACCAAGGAUAUCACGGAAGCUCUUUCUACUUUCAUCCGUGUCGGCCACGAAGACCUAAUGAAGCAUCUCACUCGCGUCGAAGAGAAAGUUGAGCGUGGUGAUGAUGUCGACGAAUUAAAGCAGGAGAAUACGGAGCUUCAGAUACAGCUUGCUAAGGCUCGCAGCUCGCAUGGCCAAGUACGAGUGGAGAAAGACCUGCUCAGCGAGAAACUCAAACAGCAGGAGGUCGAAUACCAGCGCCUGCAGGCGAAGCUUGCGGAAGUUGAAGAGAAGGCUGCUGCUGCAACCGCCGAAGUGUCUCCAGUGCAAGCGAGGAAUAAAGAGCUCGAAGAAGCCUUAGAGCAAGCCUUGUCUCGCUUACAGGCAUCCGACGUCGCCUCGCAAGCGUACCAACAACACAUCGCCCAACUGGAGAAAGAUAACAAGGACUUAGAAUCAGAGAAACAAUCACUGAAGACAAAGAGCGAAUCCUUGGACGUUCAACUUACACUCUCCAAACGCGAUAAAGAUGCUGUCGAGCACUCCUUACUUAUCAUCCAGCAGCAGAACGACUACUUGACCUCUCAGCAAGACCACUGGGACGCGCUGAAAGCUACUUCCGCGCAACUCGACGUACUCACCAAGCUCGUUAGUCAAGGCGACCAAGAAGAACUCAAAGAGUUGCGACAAGUUCGCGAACGUAGCAAGAUUCUGGAAUCUGAACACGGCUCGCUUCUCAAGCGCUUCAGGGAUCAAGAGAGUAAAGCGAUAAACACGGAGAAAGCUAACAACCAGCUCCGCCAAAGCCUUGCACAGAAUCAGCAACGAGCUCUUGAAUGGGAAAGGCGCGCCAAAGAAUACGAAGGGCAACUAGAACUGACUCGCACCCAAUUGGACCAGUCUGAGCAAACCCAUUCGCAACUUGAGGCUGACUACUCACUUGCGAAACUUCAACUUGACGAGCGUGAGGCUGACGAUCGUCUAGCUAAGGAUCGGGAGAACAAGCUGAACGAGCACAUCGCUGCUCUUGAGUCUAAGGUAGCUAGGCUUCAGGGUGAACUCGACAAAGCGAAACGAUUAGCAAUCCCGCCAUCAACUCCACUGCGCAAACUGACGAACGGCACUCACGUGCCGCCUCGCCCUGAUUCCCGCUCCAGUACCGUGUAUGGGGAGAACCGGGCUGUCACACCCAACCUACGAAGUGCCUCCCAAGCCCGAAGCAACGACAGCGAUACGCCUCCUAACCAAAAAAGUGUCUGGGAUUCGAUGCACGCUCCCGCGACAUAUAACGGCUACAACAGCAGCGUCUACUCACCCGUCCCCAGCCGCUAUCCUGCUAUCGGAAAUGGGGUUCCAAGAAGCCGACCAAACCAAACCAGCCAGCUGUCCCGGGCGUCGAUGGCUUCGCCGACGCCCAGUAUCGUUUCGCAAGCCCCCACGCUGGGUGAAGACGGAUGGUACAGUUAA